UAUGUCUCUAAUAUAUGUUUUUCACGUAUUACAUAUUUCUUUGUCUGCACAGGAGAAUCGUUUAUCGUUCCGGUUGCUGGAACACCAAAGACCGCUAUUGCGGUGAACGACGGCAGGUGCGCGUGACACGAGGGGGACAACCAUGAACGUUACCACGAACGACCUUCCGGUGCGGCGAUGCAACACGACGACUCGGUGGCUCGCGUGACUCGCGCCGAUCACGAGUAAAGAGGAUCGGUCUCCACUUCCGCCACCGACACCCCCUCGCGUAAGUACCGCGACGGCGGCGACCACCACCAACGGUGCAACGCGCUGGCCCGUCUCUCCUAUUCAGCCCCCCGCGUCCGCGGGACACAAUCCUUACGACGAGGACACGCACACCAGGGUGGCACGAUAGUAUGACGGUGAUGCUGCUGCAACGUUCAGUCACCCCGCAGUCGACGCACAGCCAAAAGACAGCGACGAAGGACUGUAGCGCGAAGCCGCCCUUUCUCUUUCUGCUGGACGACCGUGAGGAGCAUCGGCACUCGACCGAUACCAACACCACGACUACCACAAAUAACAAUAACAACAACAAUAAUAAUAACAACAACAACAACAAUAACGUCAACAAUAACAACGUCUUCAAAAGGGGCGACCAGAGGAGCAACAGCCGCGAUCACGUCGCCGACGAGGCGCCGUCGUCGGUGACGUCCCAACGACUCGCCGACGGUGGUGAGGACGUCGCGAUGCGAUAUUACCGCCUCUGGAUCUACGCCUGUAACCUGGUGCUGUUCGGUAGCGCGAUCGGCUUCGCCGCCGCGGUGUCGCAGACUCUCCUGUUCACCGGCGACCCACGUCGUCACGUGGUGCCGGGUGUACCUCGCGUCUACGACCCCACCGCGCUCUACGGCUAUCUGGCACUGACGGCGCAGUUGGGCCUGGUGCAAUUACUCGGUUGCAUCGCUGCCAGGCGGCUCAGCGCCCGAUUGCUUCACAUCUACUGGAUAUUACUGCUGAUACUGCUGUUCGGCGACGCCGUGGUCGGCGUCGCUUGGAUCUUCCGCUUCGAGAAAAUGCGCGCCGACCUCAGACCCACGCUCAAGCUACGUUUGCAGGUGGACUACGACAAGGAGAUGCGAUUCAGCGAACAUUGGGACCGACUUCAGCGGGAGUUCAUGUGCUGCGGGGUGACCGGACCCAAGGAUUUCAAUCAUCGCGUCAACUUGCCACUGACCUGCUGCGAGCCUAGCGUUAACGUCAGCGAGCCUUGUCAGAAUCCGUAUAUGCGCGGCUGCGAGGAAACGCUCGUACGCUGGCUCAGGAAGACGGCGGAUCUACUGUUCGUCCUGGGCUUCUGCGUCAUCGCCUUUGCCAAGCUUUGCUUUCUCGGCAUCCUACGCUACGAGAUACGGGAGAUGAUACAAAAAAUACGAAUGCUGAGGGAGCCGCCGCCGCCGGCCACGCCGUUCGCGCAACCGCCCUUUUCCCAAGUGCUGCCGGAAACAGCCAACAACGGCAGCAUAGUGAGACGCACAACGUUACCUAACACUGUUAUGCCUUCCGGCAACGCGUCGGUGUUGCUGCAGUCGGACGAAUGCAACACCGGCCGGCAUCCUUUGUUGGCGAACAAUCUGCAGGACGGUGGUGCUGACAGCGAUACAAAUAGCCACUGCGCACUGAUACUCGAGGAGACGACACCUACCUCGACGAACAACCAUAAUUGCGCGGCCGGCGGCGGCCGUGAGAAGAGCAACGGUAACAACAACUACGAGAUGCGUGAGUUCAACCGCAGGCUGUUGCUGUCGAAUGGUACCAGCCCAGGCACAGGCGUGACCGUAACGAGCGGUCAGAACAGGCGCACCUGACUAUGGAGAUGGUGGCGAAGCACCCAGAACCGUUUCCUGUACAGGAGCAAUCGGCGGCGCGCCGACAUACCGCUAUACAAGUAAAAGUACGACAAACCGUUUGUCAUAACUUCAUAAGUUUUUCAGUUUCUUUUUUAAGAAAAAAAAAAACAUACAUCUAGCGAGCUACUGGCUGGCGCGAGUCCAACGGUACGAUCUGAUUAUAUGUAAGGAAAACGUCGCCGCCGCCGCCGUCAGCGUCGAUGUCGUCGUAUCGACGAAAUCGGUGAAAGUGAGGGAGGUUGACAAUUGCUGCGUAGCUCGUCUCCUAUAGUCAUCCCUACUUCUCGAGGUCUUAUCGCCGAUAGUGCGCACUUAAGACGUCACAGAGGAAAAACUGCGGCGACGGAUGACGUUUACAGCGACAUGAGAGACCAAGCAUUCACGAAUCGAUAUCACGGUGGGACUUUACAAUUAUUAAUGAAAGAACCAAAUCAAAACAUAUAUAAUAGUGCGAGAGAGAGAGAGAGAGAGAGAGAAAGAGAGAGAGAUAGAGAGAGAGAGAGAGAGCUAUCUCCGUUUUGUAAGGCAAAAUUCGCGAAGGGGCGUUUAAAUUCGCGAAGAUCGCGACGCGAGGGUGAAACCCCCAUAAUCAUCUUACGCGAUCUGGGGGGGGGGGGGGUGAAAAGAGAGAGAGAGAGAGAGAGAACAAUUCGAAUACAGAAAUGACGUUGCCCUAUGAUUCCUUAAAACGAGCGGCAAGCAACUCACCCCGCGUGAAAGACAGUUCGAAGAAACCAUUCUAUUUACGGCCCGUAUACUCUCAUAGUGUCGUAUGCUAAUUUCGUCAUCGUCGACGUCGAGUUAUAGAGGGUAGGUACACGCUAAUUUUAAAUGGCCGUUAGAAACCACUUUCUUUAGUCUCCCGACUUUUACAGAAUUAAUCCGCCGCUAUUCCAUGCGAACUUUCACCGUGUUUGUGUGUGCGCGCGCCUCUAGCCGCGGUGACUACAUCGUCGGGUUGUUCAUUAACUGCCCCGGGCUCUCCUCGCAAGUAUACAUCUACAUGCCUUACUGUCCUCGCAUAAUCGGUGUGCAUAAACUACUUUUGCAGAUAUUAUUUUUAGCCGUAAAACUUUCCUGCGUUACCCAUAUCCGAAUAAAGCCGUCAUCGAUCGUUCGCCAUCAUCAGUGUACCCGGGAUAUCGUCCGUCAUGCCGUUUCUCAUUCGAAGAUAAUGUUCAAUUCACGCCAGUAGUAUGUCACAGUCGAAUGUAACUAUCGUCGCCUAUAAAUGACACACGAAGCUCUUGUUCCCGUUGGAUCUCCGCGUUAGAUUGUCUCUCUGGACCGACAAUUCUGUUGAGUUAAUUAAAGACUGCGAGCUAGUAAUCAGAUAUACUUCGGAUCGCGUUUCUGUUUGGCAAAACAUUAUCUUGACGGUACAGAGAGAUCUAUUCCUUUCUUUCUACGUUAUA